AUGAACACCCGGCGCGCCCGCGCCUCUGCCUCUCUCCGCCCAGGUGUUUGCUGCCUGGUCCUGGUCGCGCUGAGCCUGUGGCCAGGUAGAGCUGCUGCCCCGGGGCCACCUCCUGGCCCCCCACGGGCCUCCCCAGACCCUCGGGCUGAGCUGGACAGCGCCGUCCUCCUGACCCGCUCUCUCCUGGCGGACACUCGGCAGCUGGCCGCACAGCUGAGAGACAAAUUCCCAGCUGACGGAGACCACAACCUGGAUUCCCUCCCCACCUUGGCCAUGAGUGCGGGGGCGCUGGGAGCCCUGCAGCUCCCGGGAGUGCUGACACGGCUGCGGGCAGACCUGUUCUCCUACCUGAGGCAUGUGCAGUGGCUGCGCCGGGCAGGAGGCCCUUCCCUGCGGACCCUGGAGCCCGAUCUAGGCGCCCUGCAGGCCCGGUUGGACCGGCUGCUGCGCCGCCUGCAGCUCCUGAUGUCCCGCCUGGCCCUGCCCCAGGCGCCCCCAGACCCACCGGCACCCGCCCUGGCUCCCCCGGCCUCACCCUGGGGAGGCGUCCGGGCAGCCCAUGCCAUCCUUGGGGGGCUGCACCUGACGCUCGACUGGGCUGUGCGGGGCUUGCUACUGCUGAAGACUCGGCUGUGACCCGCCACGCGCCACCGAGAGCCACCAGCGCCCUUCAAAGCCAGACCUUAUUUAUUUAUUUAUUUCGGGACUGGGGGCGUGGCAGCCAGAGGACUCCGCCCUCACCAUUGUCUCCCUCUAGUUAGAGACGAUCCCUCCAGGAGAC